CUUGUGGGCGCAAGACGUGGGCCUGAUAACUUCACAGGCAGUAGUGCUGGGGAAGAGCGAGCUCACCAGACCCGGCUGGAAGACCCUGGGAGAGUAGCAGGGUUGGGCUGGUUCUCAGAUUUGCUUUGCCCCAGGCUGUGUGAUGGGUGCAGAGCCUGGGUAAAUGAAGCUUUCCAGCUCGAGCGCUCCCAACCUGGGCACACGCGGCCUCCUGUACUGCAAGUGGCAGUUUUGGGGCAUCCCCCCUGCUUGGGGCAACCCAGGGGCGCAGGGCGCGGCCCCGGGAGCGCAGCUCCUUCCAGGGCAGAGGGCGGUGCGAGGGAGGGAGCGAGGGAGGGAGCGAGGGAAGGGAAAGGCGAGCGUGAGCUGCCUCAAAUGCUUGGAAUAAUUCCGCUUCCGUUUGGAAAGCCGCAGCCUCAGCCCGCCGCCGCCGCCCGCCGCGUCCGCCCAGCGCCAGCUCCGCGUCCCGACCGGCCCGCGGCUGCCUGAGCCGCGCCAUGGCCACCUCCCCGCAGAAGUCGCCUUCUGUCCCCAAGUCCCCCACUCCUAAGUCGCCUCCGUCCCGCAAGAAAGAUGAUUCCUUCUUGGGGAAACUCGGAGGGACCCUGGCCCGGAGGAAGAAAGCCAAGGAGGUGUCCGAGCUGCAGGAGGAGGGAAUGAACGCCAUUAACCUGCCCCUCAGCCCGAUUCCCUUCGAGCUGGACCCCGAGGACACAAUGCUGGAGGAGAAUGAGGUGCGAACAAUGGUGGAUCCAAACUCACGCAGUGACCCCAAGCUUCAAGAACUGAUGAAGGUAUUAAUUGACUGGAUUAACGAUGUGUUGGUUGGAGAAAGAAUCAUUGUGAAAGACCUGGCUGAAGAUUUAUAUGAUGGACAAGUCCUGCAGAAGCUUUUCGAGAAACUGGAGAGCGAGAAGCUAAAUGUGGCUGAGGUCACCCAGUCAGAGAUUGCUCAGAAGCAAAAACUGCAGACUGUCCUGGAGAAGAUCAAUGAAACCCUGAAACUUCCUCCCAGAAGCAUCAAGUGGAAUGUGGAUUCUGUUCAUGCCAAGAGCCUGGUGGCCAUCUUACACCUGCUCGUCGCUCUGUCUCAGUAUUUCCGGGCACCAAUUCGACUCCCAGACCAUGUUUCCAUCCAAGUGGUUGUGGUCCAGAAACGAGAAGGAAUCCUCCAGUCUCGGCAAAUCCAAGAGGAAAUAACUGGUAACACAGAGGCUCUUUCCGGGAGGCAUGAACGUGAUGCCUUUGACACUUUGUUCGACCACGCCCCAGACAAGCUGAAUGUGGUGAAAAAGACACUCAUCACUUUCGUGAAUAAGCACCUGAAUAAACUGAACCUGGAGGUCACAGAACUGGAAACCCAGUUUGCAGAUGGGGUAUACCUGGUGCUGCUCAUGGGGCUCCUGGAGGGCUACUUUGUGCCCCUGCACAGCUUCUUCCUGACCCCGGACAGCUUUGAACAGAAGGUCUUGAAUGUCUCCUUUGCCUUUGAGCUCAUGCAAGACGGAGGGUUGGAAAAGCCAAAACCACGACCAGAAGACAUAGUCAACUGUGACCUGAAAUCCACACUACGAGUGUUGUACAACCUCUUCACCAAGUACCGCAACGUGGAGUAGGGGCUGCCCUGGGCCCCCCACUGCCCAGGAGCUCUUGCUGUUGGCGUACUGGACCCUCCUCCGAACUGCCUCACCCUGCUUAUUCCUGUCUCUUGCACUGUGCUCUCCCACAAGUCCAGCUGCAACCCAGAGAUGGUAGAAAUUGAAAUUAGGAAGGAAAUGAUCAAUAACUCAGUGGGCUGACCCGUCCCUCCCAGGCCCUGGGGACAACCUAACAAUGAAGGUUGGGAAGGUCGUUCCCAUCCCGGUGCCAGGUCCACAUUUCCCUCCAUGAUUUGGGAACCAGCUUAGGCAAAAGAGUCCCCAGAAAUGAAAAUAAAGAUCCUAGUUACCUUUCAAAGGGUGCUAACUAUGUGUCAGGCACCACACUCAGUGCUCUGCUCUGAUAUACUCAAGGCCAUUAAUCUUCAGGACUCCCAUGGAAGUAGGUGUUACAAUCCCCUUUUACAGAUGAGGAAACUAAGGCUCAGAGGUUAAAUGACUUGCCAGAAGUUGACAUUUUUUUCCUCUUUGAACAUAACCUCUCCCUUCUCCCUAAAGGUAACCACUAUUCUGAGCCCAGUCAUCAAGGUUUUGCUUUUUUUGUUUUUGCUUUUCUUUAUCAUUUUAUUACCUAAGUAUUCAUUCCUGAAUAGUAGACAGUACAUGUUUAUAACAAGCCAAUUGCAUAUGUUCUUUGCAUGUUCUCAAAUUGUGUGUAUGUGGGCACAUACGAGCACAUGCAGAUGUACACCUGAGCCAAAAAGACGAGAACCCACCAAUCUCACCACUGGGGCAAGCUAGGUCAGAGCUUAGUGAUUCACACUGAAAUUGGCAAGUUGGAUUUAACCCAAUUAAUAGUGUGUGUGUGGCAGGAGUCAUGUCCCUCAAAUCCUUUGUACAAAUGAAAAUUACUCUUAAUUCCAUCAGAUUUAUAAUAACUCUGUACUUUGGUUUCAGGGUGACAUUUGGGAAGGAUUCUGUUUAGAAUUAAUGGAGUGGCACAUUUUGCAGCCUUUUUGCUUGAUUGCAUGUAAUGGAAAUGCCCUAUAUUUUCCUGCAAAAUAAGUACUAAAUUCAUUAUCGUUAAGCAAAUGUACAAUAUGCUCAGGCACCGCAGAGAGCUGGGCACGGGCCCAUGUGAGCAUCGCUUUGGAAGUAGGGCUCUUCAACAGGGACCCUUGAACUUUAAAGAAAGGAACUUCUUUUUGCCUUCUAAUUGAUCAUUUGGACUAUUCUGGCUAAGUGUGUCCACAUGUAAUUACCGGCUAAUUCAGGCGAGGAAAAAUGUAAGUCAUUUAGACCAAAGCCAAGCAGUUUCUUUGCGUAGGUUACUCAAGGGCUUGUGGUUACUUGUAUCUCCUCUAUGUGAACUUGACUUUGAAAGACAGAGCUCUAGUGUGCCAGCCUGCUAGGUCCUGUAAGAAUAGGGAAGGGGCAGAGGUAGGUGGGCAGUGACUAGGGGACGAGAAGCAUGGGAAAAUAUUUGCACUCUAAACAUAUAGAGAUAGAGGUGGGACUUGUGGUACUCAACACUUGUAGCCUUCAAUUGACGGAGGCUUUGGGCUAAAUCAUCCAUUGUGCUGAUAUCCAUCUCAUUAUGGAAUGUUCCUAAAUAUGCCAGGUAGACAAUCUCGGGUUUGAGAAAUUCAUUUUGAUCUGUAUCUACACCACCCAAAGUUAGGCCUCCUGUAGUGUCCAAAACAUUCCUUUCAGCCUUAUUUCUUACUGUACUGGCUAUCUGCAGUAAUUCAGGACCCAUAAAAUUUAGAUAACUACAUGUCUUUGCUCUUAGAAUUGUCACUCAGCAUAAUGAGCAUUUAACAUACAAAGGCAAUGUACUGUGUUGUGUUGAUCUAUGUAAAAGAAUACAAUUCUUUUUUAUGUAAUUAGUGAAAUUUUAUUUUUUAUUAGGAAACAUUAGUGUAAUAUUUCUUUUGCUUUUUAAAAAAUUCCUGGUAGUAAAUCAAGAUAAAUAAUUGCUUAAUUUUCUUGAGCAAUACUGAAGCAGGAUGAAAUAAGAGGAAUGCAUUCAUUUAAACAUGCUUCGCUUUAUGAAUUUUGUCUCUUUUUUGGUCUUUUUUUCUUAUAUUCAAGUUACAAAUGUACAAGUGUCCUUACUAAGAGUGCUCCUUUUGUAUUUUACAUAUACACAGUAUGAAAAUACAUUGGAACACUAGGAAAGUUUUUAAAUAACAGUUCUAAUUUAUCAGAAAAUUGUGUUUUGGGAUUGAGUUCUUUGACUCAGCCCAGAAUCCCACGUCCUGGGCCUGGUUUUCUAACGCGGUCAUCUCAUCUCGAUAUUUGACUUUAGAAUCUGGAAUCUCCUCCUUAAUAUAUGACCAUGACUUUGAAAGCCAAAAGAGGAAUCAACAAGAAAUAAAAUAAACCUUCAUCUUUAAAUAAAAAGAAGAAAGAAAGAAACCAAAAUGAAAAUCAACACUUUAGGCUCACUGGGUUUUGUUUUCUUUUCUCUUAAUUUAAAUUCAGUUAUUUUUAAUGGUUAAUACAUAAAUGGUGCGAAAUUUAAAAAGCGCAAAUAGAUACCUAGUGGGAAACCCAAGCCUCCCUCUCUCCUCCAGCACCCAUUACCUCUCCCUGGAGGCAACUCUUUUGAUCCAUUUCUUACACACACUGCCAGAGAGACUCUAGGCAUGUAAAGCACAAACAUACAUAUAAAAUCUGCGGGCUUUUAAAAAUAUAAGUAAGAUGUCAUACAUACUGUCAUACACAUUGUUUUUUACCACUUAAUGUUAUAUCUUGGAUAUUGUAUUACCUGGAUAUUAAAAAGAACUCCUUUCACAUUUUAAAAUAACAGUCUGAGCACUUCAUAAAUCCAAAUGCGUAUCUCCAGUCUGCUUGAGCUAGGAAAGGAAAAAAGCCCGAGCCGAAGGAGGAAAGGCUGCCUACACAAUGAUUUCGAAAGUAGAGACUAAAACCUAUGGGGUACGGGACCAGAGGCUGGGGCACAUUAUCAGAGGCAUCCUCAUGUGCCUUCAACUGAACGUGUUUAAGUCCUCUUUUGGAAUAUUAUGGUGAAUUGUAUGCAGAUUGGUGAAGGCUUCAUUUUUACAUAUUACCAGGACUACUCAUUAGUAAUCUACUAAGCAUCACAAAGGUUACUACAUACCCUAUAAUUCUAUGCUAUAAAGUCUAGCUGCCAGCAGUGCCGUGCUCGCCUGCUAUAUUAGAAGGCUCCGGUUUCACAUGUGCAGCACAGAGAUGACAUUGCCUGAUCUGGUAGAAGGGUUCUUUAUCAGCACAUCAUCAGUGUUGCCUUGAGUUGGUUGCAAUUUUCAAUUGCUCCUAUUGGUACUUUUUAAUUAUGAAUUACUGUUAGCUUGCAUUAUCAUCAGUUUAUUUUGUUGUGGUUUGCUUGGUUAACCCUACAGAGUAUACUUGAAGCUUAUUUGCAUCAACAGUAUUUUGGAGCUGUAAUUUUUCAAUAACUAGACUCUAAGACAUGUAUACAUUGUGGUUCAAAUAGGAAUCAUCCAUAGUCCAGUGCUAGAACAAAUGUAUACAUAAUCCACUCCCCACAAAUUAUCACUCAUUUAUUUUUCCACUGGAAGAUAAGACUAGAUGGAGUCGGUGGGUGAAGCAGUUUUGCCCUGCCUAAGUGGAGGCUGAUCAAAACUAAUUUGAGGUCCCCUGCCUUUAACACAGCUCCACCUCAGGAAUCUUACCUUUAUAAUACAUCCUAGAUAUGCAAGAGGGAUAUGUCCUGAAAUCUUCACUAAUUCCAAGAUGGCAUGUCAUUUCCCCCCCAAAAAAAUUUGUUUAACUCUAUUAGAAAAUCACAGAGAACUGCUGCAACUGCUGAAAACAAGAGAACUGCAGAGCUGCAAGGCUGGGUAGGGUAGGUAGACUGACUCACCACCUAUGGGACCUGCCUUCACACAUCAGCUUCCCAAAUACUUGCAGAUUUGAGUCUUACCAAAAGACAAGUCAGUAUGAGUUGUCAUAACUACAAAGGCUACAUUUACAAAUACCAGAGUUGUAAUUGUUUUUUUACUCUCUGCUCCCUGAAAACUAUAACCCCAGGCUAACUUCAAACUGUGCUUAUAGCAUGCUUUACUACAGUGGUGGCUGCAUAUGUGAAUAUGUGCAUGUGUGUUCACGACGACAGCAGUGCAGCCAUGAGGGUGCUCAGUACAGGGUGAGCAGCCCCCAAACCAAGCCGGAUGACCUUGAGAACAUCAGUCUUCCCAGUAGGAUCCUGCCAGAAAGCAUCUCUUAAAAAUAAAUUCUACAGGAUAUUAGUAAAUGUUAGAUGAAAAAAAAAAGUCAUAUUUAAAUACGUUUAGGAAACAUGAGGUGAAGAAAGUUAGCUUACUGAGGCUUUUUGUUUUCUAGUUGGAGGCUACCUCAGAGCCCCCUACGUAAUGCAUAUUAGGACUCUGUGAGGGAAGACGGGAUACAAUGGGUGCCAGUCUUGUUUGGUCACAGGACCUGUCUGUCCCCUGAGAAAUUUCUAGAAUGAGUACUCUGAACUCAGGCCUUCAUUUAGUCAUGUAUUCGGCAUGUACGUGUUGAGUGCAGCAUGUCAAAGGGUGAGUGAGAGCUUAUAGUCUAGCAGGGGAGACAGAUGAAAAAUAACUCUGAAUCAAUGUUAGUUACAAAUUGUGACGACUGCGAUGGAGAAGUACUAAAAUCUGUGAAAGAGGUCUAAUGGAGAUUUGAGGUCAUGAGGAGUCUCUGGCAAAGCGGCGUUUUAAAGUAACCCCUCAGUCGUGGAGCUACUCCAGUGAGGAGCCUGCCACUCCAGGGCGCAGCACGGAGGAGGAGCCCCAGACAAGAAGACCUGGCUCCAAGAGGAGCUGCAGAAAGCCAGCAUGACUAGAGGACACAGAGUGAGGGAGAAAAAGGAUCCGAUCGCAGGCAUCGGGAGUGCUGAUUUUUCUCAUUUGAAAACUAGGUUGCUAUUUACCUAUUAAAAUGUCCCACUGUGUAGGAAAACUCUGGGGAAAGCUACAUCAGUAAUACGGAGUCUGGGACUGCCCUUCUCAUGUCAUACCAUGGUUCUGGCUGGGGAACGGAGGAGACCAGGAGAGAUGAUCAAACCUCUGCCCACCCCAACACCAAUCUGGUCUCAGCAACCUGUGGGCAUCCCAUAGCUCCUCCUAACCCGCUGCUGCUGAUGGACAGGAGCUCCUGGACUACUCCCAGCCUCUCCACAAUGUGUCCUGAGAAGAGCUAGGGGAACUGGACAGAGCGAACAAAGCUGCAUGUGUGGAGGGAAGGAAAUAAGGGGCCUACCAGGCCAGAACACUGAUCCAUGGAGACCAGCACUUCCAGCCCUCUCACCUCAGAGGAGGACUCCUGUUUUACCAAUGGCAGGAGCAGGAGUAAGCAAGCUUCCUGGAUGUGGAAUAAUACAUUUUCCAAAUUCAUACUAAUCAGCAUGAACUAUACCUGCUACUAUGCCCACCACAUUAUAUACAGUCUACCAAAAGGAGGUCACUUAAUGUUUCACAAUGUUUGGUGAAACAACUUUCAUAUGAAAGUACAGUUAUCCUUGAAUGAUAUGGGCAGCGACCCCUGAGCAGCUGAAAAUUGGCAUAUAACUUGACUCCCCCAAAACGUAACUAUAAUACUAAUAGCCUUACUGAACACAGUCAAUUAACACAUAUCUUGUAUAUUAUGUGCAUCAUAUACUAUAUCCUUACCAUAAAGUAAGCUAGAGAAAAAAUGUUACUAAGAAAAACAUAAGCAAGAGAAAAUAUAUUUACUAUUCAUUAAGUGAAAGCAGGUCAUCAUAAAGCUCCUCAUCCUCAUGGUCAUCACAUUGAGUAGGCUGAGGAGGAGGAGGAAGAGGAUGGGUUGGUCUUGCUGUCUGAGGGGUGGUAGAUGCAGAAAAAAAUCCAUGGGCUGGGCAUGGUGGCUCACACCUGUAAUCCCAGCACUUUGAGAGGCUGAGACGGGCAGAUCAUGAGGUCAGGAGAUGGAGACUAUCCUGGCUCAUAUGGUGAAACCCUGUCUCUACUAAAAAUACAAAAAAUUAGCCAGGCGUGGUGGUACGUGCCUGUAAUCCCAGCUACUCAGGAGGCUGAGGCAGGAGAAUCGCUUGAACCCAGGAGGUGGAGGUUGCAGUGAGCUGAGAUCGCGUCACUGCACUCCAGCCUGGGCAACAGAUCAAGACUCCAUCUCAAAAACAAAACAAAACAAAACAAAAUCCAUGAACAAGUGGAUGCACUCAGUUCAAAUCUUUGUUGUUCAAGGGUCAACUGUAUAUUAUUUUCACUGGAAGUUUUGAAAUUCCAGAAAUAUGCUUGGAAAUCCCCUCUUGAAAGCUCCUUGAUUGGAAACCAGUCCAGUGGGUGGCUGGCCCAGAAUGAUGCUUCUCCUCAGUGGCCCCCGUGAGCUGAGCAGCCUGUGUUCCUGCCUCAACUCCCCUGAACCCUCCUGAACUUUUUACACACGUGUGGGCACUGGCUUUGAUACUGGCAUUUGGAAGGGCACUUAGGAAAUUCAGAGAAGUACCCAUUAUUAAGAUAAAUGAUGUUUUAUCAA